UACGACCCACAAUAACAACACUAACUACCGCCCGGGCUGUGCAUGUCUGCGGGAAGCAUUUGAGUUUACGUAUAUAUAUAUUUAUAUUGUAGCCCUGUUAAUUUGCAAACAUGUCAGACUUUCUGAUGAAAAUUAAAAACUGCAUAGCCGAGAAAAAAAAGACACCUUUUCUUCAGAGCGACGUGCAGAAGUGGGGUUUACGAGGCAUUCAGCUGAGAGCCUACCAGCUGGACGGGGUCCAGUGGCUAACUCAGUGUCUGAAGAACCAGCAGGGAUGCAUCUUGGGGGACGAGAUGGGUCUGGGCAAAACCUGCCAGACAAUCUCUUUGCUGGUGUACAUGUCAGGAGCUCUGGGAAAGAAGGGGCCGUUUUUGGUGCUGAGUCCACUCUCAGUACUGGAGAACUGGAGAAAGGAGCUACAAUGCUUUGCUCCAUCUCUGACUGUGCUGUGUUACAAAGGAGACAAAGAGAGGCGGGCUGAGAUUCAAAGGGAAACGAGAACAGCGGACUUCCAUGUGCUGCUCACCACAUAUGAAAUCUGCCUCAAAGACGCCUCGUUCUUGAAAAGAUGGAGGUGGAAGGCGCUUGUUGUUGACGAAGCCCACAGGCUGAAGAAUCAAAACUCAGUCUUGCAUAAAACCUUGACUGAGUUCUCAGUGGGCUUCAGAGUCCUGCUGACAGGGACCCCCAUUCAGAACAACCUACAGGAGCUCUACUCCCUGCUGAGCUUCAUUCAGCCCAGCAUUUUCACAGCAGACGAUGUGGACAGCUUUGUCAGCUCUUACUCCAGUGUACAAAACCAGACCACUCUCGCUGCUGAGCUCCAAAGCAUCUUGGAACCUUUCCUGCUCCGCAGGGUCAAAUCAGAGGUGGCCGUCGACCUGCCCAAGAAGACAGAGCUGGUGGUAUACCAUGGCAUGUCAGCCCUGCAGAAGAAAUACUACAAAGCCAUUCUGAUGAAGGAUCCGGAGGCUUUCGGAAACGAGCAGGGCAGCAAGAACCGGCUGAUGAACACCCUGAUGCAACUGAGAAAGUGUGUUGACCACCCAUACCUGUUUGACGGUGUGGAGCCAGAGCCCUUUCAGAUAGGGGAACAUCUGGUUGAAGCCAGUGGCAAACUUUGCCUUCUGGACAGCAUGCUGGCUUUCCUGCACAAAGGGGGCCACCGGAUCCUGCUGUUCUCUCAGAUGACGAGGAUGCUGGAUAUCCUGCAGGACUACAUGGAGUACAGAGGUUACAGCUAUGAGCGUUUGGAUGGGUCUGUCCGAGGGGAGGAACGCAAUCUGGCAGUGAAGAACUUCAGCAGUAAAGAUGUCUUUGUCUUUUUGCUCAGCACCAGAGCAGGGGGGGUGGGCGUGAACCUUACAGCUGCUGACACUGUCAUUUUUGUGGAUAGCGACUUCAACCCUCAAAACGACCUGCAGGCUGCGGCGCGCUGCCACCGGAUUGGGCAGAACAGGCCCGUGAAAGUGAUCCGACUCCUUGCAAAAGAUACCGUGGAGGAGAUCAUGUACUCUCGUGCUGUGUCCAAGCUGCAGCUCACCAACGCUGUCAUCGAAGAAGGACGCUUCUCUUUACUGGAUCAAGCCCAGUCCGCCGCUGCUGGACUGCAGCUAAGUGAGAUCUUGAAGUUUGGCAUAGAUAAGCUUUUGUCCUCAGAUGAAAGCUCUAUACAGGACGUAAAGCUGGAGAAGAUCCUUGGCCUGUCAUGUGAUGGUCAGUGGGCGGACGAUGAGGACUACACUCCUCUCAAUGAGGAGGAGGAAGAGGAUGAGAGCGAAUCAGACUCUGACAUGCAGAACCACAUGUACUUCUUUGAGGGGAAAGACUACAGCAAAGACCCAAGCUCUGGUGACAAGGAGAGAUUCGAUGGUUUGAUCAAGGAGCAGCUGGCCGAGUUUGAAAAAGCGGCUGGAGAGGGACGUGCUCUGCGACACAAAGCUGGAGUUUCAUUUUCGGUAGCACUCACAAUUCCAACAAGGAAGAGAAAACCUCUUACAGAGGAAGAGCUGGAGCUCAGAAGGCAAAGAAGGCAAGAGAGUGCAGCUAAGAGAGCCAAAAUGCAGGAAGAAAUGAAGAAGAGGCAGGAGGAGCAAAAAUACAAGAAAAAAAUGGCGUGGUGGGAGUCCUGCGGAUACAGGUCACGUUGCCUGCCGCCUGUGGACAGUGAAGAAGAAGAAGAAGAGGAUGAAGAUGACGCAUGCUCCACAGACUCCAACGUGUCAGAUAUCCACUAUGUUCUGGGAGAUGUUACUCAUCCACAUGCAGCUCAAGGAGAUGCUAUCAUCGUGCACUGCGUUGAUGACUCAGGCCGCUGGGGCAAAGGAGGCCUGUUUACUGCCCUGGAGGUAAGGUCGGACGAGCCACGAAAGCAGUAUGAGUUGGCUGGUAAGAUGAAAGAUUUGGACCUCGGAAAUGUGCUGCUCUUCCGCAUUGAUGACAAACAGUCCAGACUGGACGGCCAAGAUCAGUUGGCCCUGAUAGUGGCACAGUUAAGAGAUAAAGCCAACAACUUGUCUGGGAUCUUUUUAACUGCGCUGGAGGAGGGACUGAAGAAGAUAUAUGCUGUUGCGAAGCAAAACAAAGCCAGUGUUCACCUUCCCCGUAUCGGCCACUCCACCAAAGGGUUUAACUGGUACGGCACAGAGAGGCUCAUCAGGAAGCACCUAGCCUCCAGAGGCAUCCCCACCUUCAUAUACUAUCACAACAGGGCUGUUAAGAACACUCGAACACUGACGUCGGCAGCAUCAACGACUGCCCCGAAACCAGAAGAAACACAAAGCCCCGGCCCCUCGGCUCCACUCCAGAGCCCUGGCUCCACGGGACUGCCCGGUUUCAUGAGGGGAGUUAGCGUGUUUUUCUACAACAUCAGUGCAACAGACAGGAAGCAGCUGGCUCGCUACCUUGUCACAUAUCCUUUCAGGUGUUUGUUUUUGUUGCGGCUAAUUCUAAAGUGCACGUAUGAUGGGGAUGAGGAAGAGGUGAUGUCUGCAGAGGUUACGCACAUCGUAGCCGAGAUUGAUAACAACAUCCACACACAGGAGCUCCGGGAUCUGCUGAGUCAGUACGGCGAGGCGGUUGCUGUGCGGAAAGCCUGGUUGGAGGCCUGUUUUUCCAAACAACAAAAAGUCAACACGGAGCGAUUUCAACACCUGCUCUGACAGCAAAAUGCUGUUGUUGUUGGUUUUGCUUGUUUUUUUUGUUUUUUUAAUGCAAUGAUCAAACUGUGUGAUUUUGCAAGCCUGAAAGAAUUUGUAGGCCUCCUGAAUUUUAAUCUCAGAACAGUUUUUUUUUCAUGACAUGAGAAUCAAAUAGUAUCUCACUGCUAUGUUGGAGCUGGUGUAGACACUUGUGCUGAAUCAUGGUGGAUACUGUGACAUGAAACAGUGCACAUCUAUGGCCAUAGACAGAAAACACUUAUGGAUAUUUUUUAAACAUUAUUACUGAAACCUGGGAAUUCUCUGCCUCCUUGACUGAAGGAGCUGCUAUAGUCUUGAAAUUCCCAGUCAGCUCAAAAACUAAAACACAGAUCAUAUAAUAUCCUCAAUAAAUGGGCCUC